CGCGUCUGGGCAUCUCUGGACAUCAGUCUCAAUCUUCGCUGACCACAGAUAACAUGUCUUACAAGGUUUUCGUCGUAGCAGCCCUCGUGGCCGUCAUCUCGGCUGAUAACCGCCCUUCUUACAACCCUCCACCUACGCCCUACAACCCUCCAGCUCCCUCCUACAAUGCUCCAGCUCCCUCCUACAAUGCUCCUGAACCUGUGGGUCCUGCACAGUACAACUACAACUGGGCAGUGAAGGACGACUACUCCAGCAACGACUUCGGCCACGAUGAAACUCGUGAUGGUUACGACACUCAGGGAUCUUAUUAUGUUCAGCUUCCCGACGGUCGUCUGCAGAGGGUUACCUAUACUGUGAACGGCGACUCCGGCUACGUGGCUCAAGUCGAAUAUGAGGGUGAGGCCCAGUACCCAGCCCACCAGCCCGCCCCCAGCUACCAGCCCGCCCCCAGCUACCAGCCUGCUCCCAGCUACCAGCCCACCCCUAAGCCCAGCUAUGCUUAAAUCUUAUCACUGAAUUAUAUUCGAUUAUUUUAUAUAUUUAUAGCAACGCAUAUAAACUCGUAAUUGAAAUUCUAAUAAAAAAUAGCUCAAUGUGA